UUUUACAUAAAAGCAUAAACCCUCAAAUCACCCCUUCGUGCUAAAACCCAGAGUCUUUCGUGAAACCCUAAAACGAGUAACGCCGCUGCGACAACCACCACCGGAGUUAUGGCGGCGACAACCACCGCCGGAGCAGAAGCACUACACCGCCUGAAGCUAACGGAGCCACCGAUGUACCUAACUCCAUCUUCCGAACUCGCUAACCUCGCUCGUACCGCUUCAGAACACUUAUUCACUUUACUCAAACCCUACACACCUAAAUCACCCUUCGAUCGCCUCCUUGUAGACGAAAAGUUCGACGCCGAGCAGAUCUGGCAGCAAAUUGACCUCCAAUCUCAGCCGUUGAUCUCCUCCGUUCGCCGUCAAGUCAACAAGUUCGAGAAGGAUCCGUUAGAGGUUAAUAACAUGUUUAAAAUUGGUGAAUCUGUGCAGGAGAAACCGAGUGAGGUUGUUUUGGCGGGAGAAGAAGAAGAAGAUGAUGAGGAUGAGGAUGAAGAUGAGGAUGGAAAUGAAGAUGAGGAUGAGGAUGAAGGAGAGAGAGAGAUUAAAGAGCGAGAUGCAGGUGAUGUUGGGGAUAUGUUUUUUAAUGAGGAGGAGAUGAAGCUUAUGGAGGAUGAUGAAGAUGGAGAUUAUGGACUUAAUAAAAAGAAACAAGUGCUGAAGAAAACUGGUGGAAAGUUUGGGGAUGAGGAUGAGGAUGAGGAUGGGGAUGGGGAUGAAGAAGAAGAAGAUGAUGAAGAUGAUGAGCUUGGACUUUUGGAACUUGCAGGCGAAGAGGACGAUUCGGAGGCUGAAGAAAUUAUGUACGACGACUUCUAUACAUCCAAUAAGAAACAUGACCAAAACAAAAAACCUAAAGUGAACAAAGAAGUUAAAGAUAUAAACAUGCGUGAUGAUGAAGAACAUGAGGACUCAGAUAUAGGUGAUGAAGAUGGUGAAGAAGACGUUGAUGAAGACGAUGAUGACGACGACAUAGUAUCUGAUGAGGAGACAAAGAAAGACAAUCUUUCUACACACGAGAAGCAUCUUUUAGAACAACGAGCCAAAAUCGAGCAAGUGGAGAGGGAAAAUUUAGAAGCGAAGGCGUGGACCAUGCAAGGAGAGGUGACUGCUACUAAAAGACCGAAAAAUAGUGCAUUAGGAGAAGAUUUGGAUUGGGAACGGAAUGUAAAGCCGCCACCUGUAAUCACGGAGGAGGUUUCUCAGUCCAUUGAAGAACUAAUCAUGAAACGUAUAUCUGAGGGGCACUUUGAUGAUGUUCAAAAAGUUAAUAAGUUGCCUUCUAAAGCACCAAGGGAAAUGAAGGAAUUGGAUGAAAAUCAGAGUAAGAAGGGCCUUGGCGAAUUAUAUGCGGAUGAGUAUGCUCAAAAGACUGGACUGGUUUCACAAGCAUUGUCUUUCUCCGAUGAGCAAAAGAAGGAGGCAAGUCUUCUUUUCAAGAGAUUGUGCUUAAAGUUGGACGCACUUUCUCAUUUCCACUUCACUCCAAAACCAGUGAUUGAAGACAUGUCUAUUCAAACAAAUGUUCCUGCUCUAGCAAUGGAAGAGAUUGCUCCGCUGGCGGUGUCAGAUGCGGCCAUGCUGGCACCCGAGGAGGUAUUUUCUGGUAAAGGAGACAUCAAGGAAGAAGCAGAAUUAACACAGACAGAUAGAAAGAGAAGGAGAGCUAGCAAAAAAAGGAAAUUUAAAGCUGAAAAUGCGAAGAAGAUGGCAAAGAAACCACGAGAAAACACACAGACCGCUGGUGAUGGCAAGGAAGAAUAAUAAUUUUCAGGCACUUGUAUGUUCAUCUUCAAGAACACAUGCAACAUCUUUUGAUGGUUUUGAUUGUGCAUCAGGGGAUAAGAUAGAAUGCUUAGAAGAUCAGAUGAUGACCAAACAGUUUAGACAUAUGAUGGCCAUGAACUGUUUGGAAAAGGUUUGUUUUUAAUUGUUAUUAUAGAGGCAAAGAAGAUGAAAAUAUGUAAUCGAUUUUAAAUUUGAAUAUUUAUUCCCCAGAUCUUUAGAGCAACUAUUUUUAUUAUUAUUAUUUUUUUUAA